AUGAGAAACCAUGGUAACAGGAGUCGCGUUUUUUACAGAAUCCUGCAGCCGGUUCAACCGAAUCACCGAACCGGGUAAACAAACGACGGUUCGGCAGCGUCGGGGGGUAGCCUUUGGAUUUUGACAACAAAAAAAUAUUCCUUUAGUAAUAUCACUCAGUGCGUUCAAAAUAAUUCUGUUAUAUUUUAAAUAUGGAGCCGUGUAUUGCAGUUCGAGAGACAAUGCCGGUGCAGAUCACUGUUCUGCGAGGCACAAACCUGAAAGGCUCAAAAGCAGAAUCCUUGCUGAAUGUCCGGGUCGAGUUCAACACCGCGGUGCUGGGGGACUCCCCAAAGCUUGAGCAGUCUGCAGAACAGGGUGUCGAGUUCAACUUCACCUGCAGGUUCGACUGCUCGGAGGGGCUCAACACGCUCGAUGACCUGGCACACAAACCUGUCAUCUUGACCCUCGUUGAAAUCCUGCCAAAGGAGAAGAAGCAGAAGGAAGAGAAGACGAUUACUUUGGGCCAAGCUGUUGUGGACCUGCUGCCUCUGUUGCAGGGUCAACACACAUUCACAACCACUGUCACCCUGCACCCUGCUCCAGGCUCCCCGACUGAAACCAGCACGACUGAAGGGAGCAAGGUUAAUGUGCUGUGCCCCUCGCAGUCUAUCCUGGAGGUAGCUGUGUCAGUCCCGGACGCCCUGCUGUCAGAUGCUCAGCUCGCGGACUCCAACCUGUUCAGGGUUUCUGUGGAAACGGCGUACUCCGUGCCUGAAGUGUGGAGCACGACGGGGCCGCAGUUCAGCUACAUGGCCUGUCUGCAGGUGCCAGUCUCGCUUGAGAAAGAGCAGCUGCUGUUCUUCCCCAGCGGAGUCCUGAAGACAGGGGGAGAGAGGGAGCCUGUGCCCAGGCCAAAGAAGUGGACGAGCGGGCUGAUCCUGGCACCAGGGGCCCAAUACAUCCCUGCCUCCUUCAUCGAGGAGGGGCCAGCCGAGGGAGAGGACGGGGAGCUGUCCGGCCCUGAGUACAGGGAGUUCCGCGCAGAGGCAGAGAGCACCAAGAAGAGGGUGAGCUGGGAUACCGAGAGACGCUUCUUCAUGGACCCCGCUAGCCAGGCCUGCCUGGUGAAGCGGAUUUCAGAUUGCCGGUACUGGCCAGUGGAGUUCAUGAGGGCUCCCUUGGCGACCACCACCAAGGGGAAGGCAGCCAAGGGUGACGAGGAUGUUCAGAUCUCUUUCCACGGCGUGGCAUACGUGGACAUGGCGCCCCUGCUGUACCCCGGGGUCAAACGAAUCCGGGGGGCCUAUCACAUCCUACCGUUCAGUGAGAUAGACCUGUACACCAAGACGAAGCGACAAGGCAGCAUCCUUAAAGAGUACCUCCGGCAGGCAAGCCAAACGGGCAGGGGGACGGCGCCCACUGCCAUCGGCUCCUCACAGUUCAGAGGGGCCCCUGGCAAAAUCAGCAAGGAUGACAAGGGGCCAAAGGAUAAUGCCAAAAAGCUGUCUAUACAGCCGUUAGUUCAGAAGCCGCAGGGGUCGGACAGCGUGGUCGAGUUUGAAACUAUAGCACCGCCGAAUCCAGAAGGACAGAUGUACGCAGAGGCGGGUUCAUACAUCGUGAUUGAAGUCGCUCUGGAUAAACCUCUGGUGCGGAAGAGACCGCCAGAGGAACUCACCAAGAGGGUAGCAGAGCUGAUCCCUCCCAGGCCUGCUAUACCACGCCGCACAGCUGGGGCAGAGAAGGCGGUGAAGGAUUUCCAUGGGCAGGUAGCAAGUGUGGCAGGCCUGGUGCUGGAGCAGUACCAGGAGCUGUUCGGAGGGGCCCUGGCGCAGGGGGAGCUGCCCCUCGACCCCUCAGCACAGGAGGAGCGCAAGGCCAAGCUGCUGGGAGAGCUCAACUACUCAGGGAAGUACUUCGCCUUCAAGGAGCAGCUCAAGCACUCAGUGGUAAGGAUCGUGCGAGAGAAACUCCUCAAGACCACAACCUUCCCCAGCCAGGAGGAGCUGCAGGCCUUCCUGAGUCAGCUCUACAUCUUCCUGGUGGAUCAGAUGCACAUCUCACUGAACAAGACUUUGUCAGUGGAUGUUCCUGAGACGGAGACCCAGCCCUUCACAGACUGUGCUCAGCUCAAACACUUUGCCAGGGAGGCAGAGGUCAAUGAGGACUACGAGCUGGCUGCAAUGUACUACCAAGAGAGACUGGCGCGGGACCGCAGUAACCCCGAUCACUGGUUCGACUAUGGUGCGUUCUGCCUGCUCAUCUCUGAUCACGCCAAGGCAGAGGACUGCUUCCACCAUGCUGUGGCCAUUGACCAGCGACACCUGCACAGCCUGCUGCUCUGUGGAGUCCUGGCUGAGAUGCGAGGCUGCUUUGCGGACGCUGAGACUUUCUUUGAGAGCGGGACCUGUGUGGAGCCGAGCAGUGUCCUGGCCUGGACUAUGUUAGGGCUGUACAGUGAGGCGCAGGGGAAUGAGAUCCGGGCAGAGAUGGCGUUUCUGGAAGCUGCUAAAUGGAUGAAGGCGGAGGCAGGGGAGGGGAGCGUGACCCAGGCUGUGGGGGAGCCCCUUCCGAGCGAGGGCAAAUCCACACAGCUGCAGGAGGGGGCCACAGUGUCUGAGGAGGGGGUUCCAGUGACCGAGCGGGAGGAGAGAGACGUGGAGGUGGAAGCUGAGAGUGUGGUCAGUGAGGCUGAGCAGACAGCAGCAGUGUCACAGCCUGAGCCCGCUGUGCUGAAACCCUGCGAGAACGCCCCCGGUCACAACAACACUAUCUACAUGGAGGCAGCCAAGUUCCUGCUCCAGGCCAAUGCCCUACAGUUUGCCCAGCGAGCCCUGGCCCAGGACCUGCUGUCUCCAGAGGGAGGGACCAGCUGCUCCUAUUACUUGGCUCUAGCCAGGCUCCACCUCCAGAGGCGCGACUUCGACAGUGCAGACCAGAACCUACAGGAGGCACUGCAUGUCAAUCAGGAGAACCCGGACGUGUGGGCUCUCAUCGGGCACCUCCACUACAUGCGCAGGGACUUCCACGAGGCCAGGGAGUGCUACAGGCGCAACCUGGACUUUGUGACAGACGCCUCUGAGAUGCACCCUGUCUACCUGAGGCUGGGCACCAUCUAUCUGCAGGAGGACCAGUUUGAGAAGGCGAAACUCACCUUCCUGCGCGCCUGCAAAAACUCCCCCUCCUGCCUGUCCUGGCUGGGCCUCGGGACCGCCUGCUACAGGCUUGGGGAGCUGACGGAGGCAGAGGACGCUCUCGCGGAGGCGAACAUCCUGAACAACAGAAACCCAGAGGUGUGGGGCUACCUGUCCCUCGUGUGUCUCCAGACUGGCAGGCAGCUGGAAGCAGAACAGAGUUAUAAAUAUGCUGUCAAGUUAAAGCUGAAGAGCGAAGCUCUUCUGCAGGAGAUCCAUGCCCUGCAGCAGCGCGUCGGUUUUGGAAACCCUGCGUUCUGAACAGCCUCCUCUCCCUCCUGCUGCACUGCAGCGUUAUAUUUUAAGUGUUUCUGCCUGCAGCAGCAAGGACAGCUUCAUAUUUCUUUGUGCUUUUUUUUUUUUUUUU